AUGACGGCUUUAAUUGGUGACGAGUGUGGAGCUAUAAAGUCGAACCUCCAGCUUUCAGAUCACACCAGAAGAAGAGGACUGGAUCUCCUGAUGGCUUCUCUCACAGUGAGCGUGCAUCAGAGCCGCUCGAUGUCCAAACAGUCCUCCUUCACCAUCGAGAGCAUCCUGGGACUCGACAGACCGGAUCCCAGAACCGUGCUUUCAGCACCUCACCGACCCUGGACAGACGUGAAACCAGCGGGUCAGAGCCGUGGUGUGGUCGCAGACAGUGAUGUUUCAGUGGAUGAAGACAGUAAAUCUUACAGUAAAUCACCAGCAGACGCUUACAGGAGAACACUGAACUGGUACAUCGGACGCAGACCGCGCACCGCUUUCUCUAGUGUUCAGAUCAAGAUAUUGGAGAGUGUGUUUCAAGUGAACUCAUACCCAGGCAUCGACAUACGUGAAGAACUUGCUAAGAAACUGCAUCUAGAUGAGGACAGGAUUCAGAUUUGGUUCCAGAACAGAAGAGCAAAGUUGAAGCGUUCACACAGAGAAUCUCAGUUUCUCAUGGAGAAGAACGUCCUGAGUGAUUUACAGUCCAGCAGAGAAGAACGCUGACUGUUACAGAUCCACA